UAAACGAUUCCGUGGCAUGUUAGAAGCAGAAGCAGGAAAUAAACGUCAGAUAUGUGCUACUCACUCCAGGGCAGAUGAACUUUGACAGUGACAAAUGUUUAUAUAUACCUGCCCUGGUGGACUUACAUUGGUGCAGCGGCCAUGAAACAAUCGGCUUUGGUUCUUCUCUUCUACACCCUAAUCCUCUCCAGCGGAUUAUUUGAAGCGUUUGGAAAAGAUUUUUCUACACCACCACGAGGGUGGAAUUCUUAUGAUUCUUUUUCUUGGAUUGUUGAUGAAGAAGAAUUCCUUGACAAUGCACAGGUUGUGUCCAGCAGGCUGCUUCCUUCUGGAUAUGAGUAUGUUGUCAUAGACUACUUGUGGUAUCGGAAGAAUGUUAAGGGAUCAUCAUCAGACUCUUAUGGUUAUGAUAACAUUGACGAAUGGGGACGAUUAGUUCCUGAUCCAGACAGGUGGCCAUCUUCUAGGCAUGGAAAAGGGUUUAAGGAAGUUGCCCAAAAGGUGCAUGACUUGGGUUUAAAGUUUGGGAUUCAUCUAAUGAGAGGAAUAAGUUUAGAAGCAGUUAACAACAACACAAAAAUCUUGGAUGUUACCACGGGACUUCCUUAUAUGGAAGAUGGUAGAACAUGGCUGGCGGGAGACGUAGGAUUGAGAGAUAUGCCUUGUGGAUGGAUGAAGAAUGGAUUUCUGAGUGUAAAUACAGAUUUACGAGCUGGGAGAGCAUUCUUGAGGUCUCUAUAUCAACAAUAUGCUGAUUGGGAUGUUGAUUUUGUAAAGCUUGAUUGCGUAUUUGGUGAUGAUUUUGACAAGAAACAGAUAAUUACAGUUUCAGAGAUUUUGGAAGGCCUUGGGCGCCCUAUCCUAUUUUCUCUCUCUCCUGGGACAAGUGUGACCCCAUCCAUGGGAGAGACCAUUAGUGAUUACGUGGAUUUAUACAGAAUAACCGGUGAUAGUUGGGAUAAUUGGAAUGACGUUGCAGCUCAUUUUGAUGCGGCAAGGGAUUUCGCUGCUGCCAAGCAAAUUGGUGCUAAUGGUUUGCAUGGAAACUCUUGGCCGGACUUGGACAUGCUACCGCUUGGGUGGCUUACAGAUCCAGGUGUUCAGCAAGGUCCUCACAGAAAGUGUAGGCUUUCCCUUGACGAGCAAAAAACUCUGCUGACUCUCUGGUCAAUGGCUAAAUCUCCUCUUAUGUUUGGUGGAGAUUUGAGGCAAAUUGAUGACAUAACAUUCAAUCUUAUAACAAAUCCUACUUUACUGGAGAUUGAUUCGUACAGUCAGAAUAAUAUGGAGUUUCCUUAUAUAUUCACAGGUAAAAGUGGAAGUCUUGCAGAUCAUGCUGCUAGCAAAAGCCCUGGGAAACAAUUGCAGGUCUCUAAUGAACCUGAACAAUCUAUACUUGGUUUAACCAGUUGUAAUAGUGAGAGGGCGAAAGGAUGGUCAAUUACUUUACAAAACAGGGUAAAACAGAUCUGCUGGAAUUAUAACACGAAAGGCAGAUCUACUUUGUCAAGUUGCUUACAUAAAAGGAGGCCUCUUAUGAAAUCAUUUAAAUGGAAUAAUGAGUUCAUUUACAGACAGAAAUAUGAAGGAAUGUUUCAGCUUCUGGCUCAGAAGUCUAUGAAAGCUUGUUUGGACUCCUCAACAACCCAAAGGCACACUGCAUCCGUAAGGCCAAGUAAUCUACUUUCCACAUGCAAGUGGAAUGCCAACCAGCUGUGGAGGUUAAGUGAUGAUGGAACUCUGAUCAAUCCUUACUCUGGUCUGUGCGCUACUAUGGAAUCAGCUAAAGAUUAUGAAAAUGCUGCUGGGCCCCGCUCUUGGAUUGCCACUGGGGUGAGCGGGGAAAUUUAUCUUUCAUUCUUCAACCUCAGUCCAGCGACUACAACAUUAUCUGCCAAAAUAGGUGAUUUGUCAAAGGUUCUUAGCAGCCGAUUCCUAACAAACAAUUCAUGCAACUGCUAUGAGGUUUGGAGUGGAAAGGACUAUGGUUUAGUAGAAGGAACGUUGUCAAUUACGGUCAAGGGGCAUGGUUGUGCCCUCUUUGUAUUGAAAUGCAGUGUUUGAGAAGUUUAGAGUUCGAUAUGGAUUUGAAAUCCUUGAGCUGUAGAAAGGAAUUCUUCCAAUACUUUAUUUCAUUAUUAAUACAAGUCGGGGUUGUUUACUUCUAUAAAUACAGUGGUUGUUUCCUGUUUGAAGGCGAUCUCUAUAUAAGUAAUUUCAUGAUUC